AUUGAGUUUAGUAGUGUACUUGGCAGCGGCGGCGCGUGGUGGUGCUGCGGUGCUGUGGUCCGCUCCUGCUUGCUGCUCCCUGCUGCCUCAGUCAUGCUGCUGCUCUUGCCAGGCACAGGAGACGUGACGUGAUCAGCACUCGCUUAUUGUUCCCCUCGGCGGCCUUAGUCGCUCAAGAAACACUAAAAAAAGACAACAGUGGCGAUAUGAAACUGCCCUACUAGUGGAGGGGCCUUGUGUGAGUGUCUAGUGUGGUGGUGGCCCCCUCUCCUGGAGACAACGCAGUUUUCCUCGGUGAUAAGCAGUUUCUUAUAGAAAUUAAAGCAGUUUACAUGGAAAGUGUGGUUGUGGCGUGGGAGGGUGAGAGAGCAGAGGGUCGAGACAGUGUACUGGGACACGAGAUGAGACUACCACUCUGACGCUCCUACCAUACCAUUAUCGCCUGACUCAGGUGUGGGAUGACGCGCGGAGUAUGAGUGUAGUGACCCUGGUGGCGGGGGCGGCGCCCCCCGGUGGCCCUGGGAGGCGCGGGGCGCCCUGGGUGCCCUGGCGCGGGCCCCUGCUACUCCUGCUCCUACUCUUGCUGCUGGCAGCCGAGACGACCGGCGGAGGCGAGGGCGAGGCCAGGGACUCGCUGUUCAUCGUGGACAGGUACGAGGACGAUCCUUGGCAGCAGUUCACGCACUUGACGGUGGACAAGAACACCGGGACGGUGUACGCGGGCGGCGUCAACCGCCUUUACCAGCUGGACCCCAACCUGCGGGUGCUGCAGAACGUGGAAACCGGUCCCGUCAACGACUCCACCGACUGCUCCGCCAGCGACUGCAAGACCGACACCGUCCACACCUUGAAGGCCACGCAGAACGUCAACAAGGUGCUGGUCAUCGACUACACCCGCUCGCGGCUCAUCGUCUGCGGCACGGUGCGGCAGGGGUCGUGUCAGGUGCGGGACCUGCGGGACAUUGUUUCCCACACCCGAAACGUCAGCGAGGCCAUCGUGGCCAACAACGCCACGGCGUCCACCGUGGCCUUCAUCGCCCCGGGGCCGCCUAACCCGCCCGUGUCGCACGUCCUCUACAUCGGCGUCACGUACACGGGGAAGUCCGUGUACCGCGACGAGGUGCCGGCCGUCGCCUCACGCUCGCUCGAAGAUGACAAGUUCUUCGACAUCGCGGUGACGGACGUGACGACCAGCACCCGGAUGCUGGUCAACUCGCUGGCCCGCGAGCGCUACCCCAUCUCCUACGUAUACGGCUUCGGCUCCGAGAAGUUCAGUUACUUCCUGACACGGCAGAUGGAGGACACGAACACGGGCUCGCCCUACAUCAGCAAGCUGGUGCGUGUCUGCCAGAACGACUCUGCCUACUACUCCUACACGGAGAUACCCAUAGAGUGUAAGGACUCUCAGGGCAAGCGCUACAACCUGGCCCAGGCAGCCUACGUGGGCAAGCCGGGCACCGACCUGGCUACCCAGCUGGGCAUACAGACCAACGACGACGUACUCUUCGCCGUGUUCUCGCCGUCGGAUCCCACCGAGGGGGAGACGUCGCCGCGCCCGGGCCAGACAAGCGCACUAUGCGUGUACAGCAUGAAGUCGGUGAGGCGCAUGUUCAUCAAUAACAUACAGGAGUGCUUCCGAGGCAAGGGCGACCGAGGACUGGACUUCAUCUCCCCGUCGCAUCGUUGCAUCGAAACGGUAAGUCAAUGUGAUCUGUUUACUUUUCGUCCCCGACACACGACUCUCGACACUAGAUGUUAUCGGUACUGAAAACACGGAGAAAGU